CUCGACAUACAACCUCCACUGCCUUUCCACUUUCACCUUCGAGCAUCACCAAUCCAACUCCUCUCCUCCCACAUUUACAGCCAAUCCAAGCCAUACCCCACUCAUCCCCCCCACAUCAAAAAUGACCACCCCCAAAAAACAACACAUCGCGCAAACCCUCCUCCUCCGCGCCCACUCCCCGGACACAGCCACCACCCUCUUCACCGAGCGCAUCAAACAGAAGCCCCUCUACGUGCGCCCGACCUCCCCGACCCCGGAGGACAACCGCCACCGCCGCCGCCUGCACCGCCUCCGCCGCAAGGACUACUUCCUGCGCCACCAGAAACCCCGGCCGUUGUCCGCGCGCGAGCGGCGCGCCCACCCCGAGGUGUUCGGGGGCGCCGGUGGGCCCGGGGCGGCCGGGGAAUACAAGUACGCCACCUUCCAGGGCCUGCACGCGCUGUGGGUGGAGUACAUGCUUUCCGUGCUCGACCUAAAGGACCCGCGGAGUAAGACGGGAUGUGUGGUCACGCCGAGCUCGCAUGGGAGUAAGCUGGUCAGCUGCGAUUAUCAUGGGGCCGAGGUGGAGGUCGUCCGGAGUCGGUGCGCGGGUCGGGUGGGGGUGAGGGGCAUUGUGGUGCGGGAUGGGAUGUUUGCGUUUACGGUGGUGGGGGAGGGGGAUCAAGUUACGCUGAUUCCCAAGGAGCAUACGGUUUUUCGGUUUGAGUUGCCUUUACCCUUUUCUUCUCCUGAGGCGGGGAAAGAUGCGGCUGGGGAUGCGGCUGGGGAUGGGCUCGUGUUCGAAUUGCAUGGCAGCCAGUUCCAGAAUCGGCCGGUGGACCGCGCGAAUAAGAAGUUCAAGUGGAGGAAUGUCGACUAUGUUUGA